AGGCACGCGCACACUUCGCGGCGACCGACCGACCGACCCACCGGCCGACGACGACACGGCGAGCGCGGAGCGACCGCGGCCACGAUGGAGAGAGGCAAUAAUGGCGGGAGCGGGAGGCCGCCUUCUCCGCCGCCGACUCCGGUCGAGAGGAAGGCGGCGUGGGCGUGGAGGGACGGCGCCGUCACCUACUUCCACCUCCUCUUCUACAUCGCCAUCUCCGGCGGCCAGAUCUUCUUCAACAAGUGGGUCUUAUCCUCAAAAGAGAUCAACUUCCCCUAUCCUGUGGCACUAACUCUGCUGCACAUGGUCUUCUCCUCUGUAGUAUGCUUUGCGAUUACAAAGGUUUUCAAGAUCAUAAAGAUUGAGGAGGGAAUGACUACAGAUAUAUAUAUCAGUUCAGUCAUUCCAAUUGGGGCAAUGUUUGCAAUGACACUUUGGCUAGGGAACAGUGCGUACCUCUACAUAUCUGUCGCGUUUGCACAAAUGUUGAAGGCAAUAAUGCCUGUAGCUGUGUUUCUUCUCGGAGCAGCAUUUGGCCUGGAAGAAAUGAGCUAUAAAAUGCUUUCUAUCAUGUCUGUUAUCAGUGUCGGAGUUAUUGUGGCUUCUGUUGGUGAAAUUACAAUCAGUUGGGUUGGAGUGGUUUACCAGAUGGGUGGAGUUGUUGCGGAAGCCCUAAGACUUAUCUUCAUUGAGAUAUUUCUGAAGAAAAAGGGCGUCAAGCUGAACUUGAUAUCCAUGAUGUACUAUGUUAGCCCUUGCAGUGCUGUAUGCCUCUUUAUUCCCUGGUUGUUCUUAGAGAAGCCAAAGAUGGAUGAUAGUAUUUCAUGGAACUUCCCGCCAUUCACAUUGUUCUUAAAUUGCCUGUGCACUUUCAUACUCAACAUGUCGGUUUUCCUUGUCAUAUCUCGGACUAGUGCGCUGACAGCUCGUGUUACUGGAGUUGUGAGGGAUUGGUCUGUAGUUUUGCUGUCAGCUGCCAUCUUCGCUGAUACACAACUUACCUUCAUAAACAUAAUUGGUUAUGCCAUAGCCAUAGCUGGUGUUGUUGCAUAUAACAACCACAAGCUCAAGGUAAAACCCCAAGCGAACCCACAGCAAGGUGACGAGAACAAGGUCAUCUCAGGAAGCACUCGAGAUGUGGUAUUAUCAAUGAAUUCAUCAAAAGAAGCUUCGUAACACCAAAAGUAGUGAGAUUUUGAAACACUUAUAUUUUUCACGAGGAGAAUUGGGCUCUCUUUUGUUGGGUUGGCCAGCUCUCCUUGGAUACAUUCUUUUUCCUCCCCGCGGAUCUGGAGGGAAGACAUUUUGUACAAUGAUAUGCUCAAGAUGAUACACUGCCUUCACAGUUGUAAUAUUGCUGCUCAAAAAGGUGGGAGCACGCCAUACAGAUGAAAAUUAGGCCAUGUAAAGUUGUGUUUUCUUUUGAACUGGUGUAGCAACACAUCAGGUGCUCCAAAAAUGGCAGCCCUGAAUCUUUGUACAUGGUUGCUUGGUGAUCAUGAAAUGUGAUGUAACGAUAUAUGCAAGUCUGGCAGAUCAAUGAAUGCAAGAUAUGUAAGCUUCUGAAUACAGCCGUGAUUCUCAGCUUGCUUGAAGGAUUUUGGUUUUGCAAUAUAUGUUUUCAUUUCGAAUUA